AUGUCUGACUCAGUGGUGCUUGCGCCACGAGUAUUGGCGGUGGCCAGCCAUGUUGUCUCAGGCAACGUGGGAAACAAAGUCGCCGUCUUCGUGCUCCAGUCGCUGGGAAGUGAAGUCGCUGCUCUAAACACGGUGCAGUUCAGCAAUCACACAGGUUACAAGCAGUGGACAGGGACGAGAGCCACGGCUCUAGAGAUCACCGACCUCUACAACGGCCUGAAGCAGUCGUAUCUGGAUGACUUUGACAUGAUGCUCUCCGGGUACAUCCCCGGCGCGGAGGGGGUCACUGCGGUGGGAAACAUUGCCAAGGGGCUGAAGGAUAAGUUUCAACAUUCUCCGGGCAAGUUUUUCUGGGUGCUGGAUCCCGUGAUGGGGGAUAAUGGGAAGCUGUAUGUGGCGCCGGAAGUUGUGCCCGCGUACAAGGCUCUUUUGCCCUAUGCGGACCUGAUACUGCCGAACCAAUUUGAGGCCGAACAACUCUCAGAUGUCAAAAUCGUCGACCUGGACAGCCUCACCCAGGCCAUCCAGGUGCUGCACGAGAAAUUCAACAUCCCUCACAUCAUCAUCACCUCCGUCAGCUUCACAACCCCGGACCAUCCGCCCUCGCACCUCUCCGUCAUCGGCUCCACCAUGACCUCUGGCCGCAAGGCCCGGACCUUCAAAAUCACCUUUCCGUCCAUUGACUGCUACUUCUGCGGCACGGGCGACAUGUUUGGCGCCCUCAUCACGAGCCGCAUCCGAGAGGCCACGGGCGCUGUUCCCGGUCUGCGCGGCCGCGCGAGCUGGCUGAGCGACGACGACGUGCCCGCGACGGAGCUGCCGCUGGCGAGGGCGGCAGAGAAGGUGCUGGCCAGCAUGCACGAGGUGUUGGCGAAGACGCGGGAUGCGAUGCCUGCGGUGAUGGAGAGGACGUGGGCAGAGCUGAAGGCGGAGGAUAGGGAUCAUAAGGACAAGGCGCAUUAUGUCAAGUCGAAGGCAGCGGAGCUGCAGCUGGUUACCAACUUGGAUAGCUUGAGGAGUCCUAGUAUAAAAUUCUCGGCAACGAAGGCUUAG